AUGGCGGCAGAAAUUACCACCACGACUGUCGUCACGGCAUUUCCCCUCCUCUUCGGAGUAACCAGCACCAGCAUUGGAAUCUACAGCUUUGUGUCACCCUACAAUGCCAUGCGUCUCUUCGGUCUUCAGGGCCCAGCUGCCGAGAAAACCUCUUCGUCGCACUCCGAAGCUUUCCAGAAAUCUCUCAUCUACGCGUCUGGACUACGAAACAUCGGCACCGGUCUCAGCACUCUUGGCCUCUAUGCGUUCUGGCAAUUCUCCCCAGUCUGCCAAGUGAGCCCGCUAGCUGCCGCGAUCACGAAGAAGUGCAUGGGAAUCUGCUUCAUGUUCGGUACCAUCGUUGGAGUUGGUGAUGCUGUUAUUGUGCGGCAGUUUGGGAACAAGGAGUACGUUCGGGGCGAGGCAGAAGCGAAGGCUGCCAGUGCUAGCAUUAACCAUGGGAUCACGGCAGUACUCAUCCUGGCGACUGGCCUCUUUUUGUACUUGUAG